UUUUUUUUUAUUUUUUUUUUUACAAACUAUAUACGCGUUAGUAGGCUAUUAUACUAGAGGACUGACAACACGGACAUCAUUUAAUUGUGGUAAAACGCCAAAACUGUAUUCACUUUUGUACAUUUUAGCUUUAAUUCCACAUUCUUUGAUUAAUGUUGCAAACUUACAGUCAGGUUAGUAGGCUUUUUUAAAAAUCUUGUAGCCUAGUAGAAGUCUUACACGAAAGAGAAAAAAAAAAAAGAGGAAAAAAAGAAAUAUAUUGGGGGAUGUUCUAGUUACAUCUUGCUGCUUAUCUGUGUCCAAACAAACCUUCUAGUGUAAGAAAGCUACCCAUGUAUUGUGGUUUCUCUGCUGUCCUCCCCUCUCAAAAUGGCUUCUUUGCAGACAAAGGAGAACAGUGAGCUGUAUAAUGUUGCUGCGCCAUAACUGGGUGAGGCUCAUUCAGUCGGAAGGAGGAUAUUUGUUUUUACUGUGAGGACGUUUCUCGGUGAUACAUUCAGGAAGUCUUUCCAACGACCGUCAUAAGGGGGAUUUUUUUUUACUUGGACGGCGUAUGCUCGAAAAUAAGUAUAUAAGACGAAAAACAGUCGACGGUGCUUGUUUUCCUAUUCAGACUGUCGGUUGCUAGGCUGACUCGCCCUGACGACGGCAGUAACCCGAGAGCUCUGGACGUUUGCCACGAGAACUCGGCGUGUUGCUGCACCCCCACACUGCCAUAUAAGGUCAUAAGGAAUCUACUUUAGUCCUGUUGGUUGCAUCUGGCGAAAAUAACAUUGGGGGAGGGGAGGUGAGGGGGGGUGCUUUAGACUGCAGCGGGUGCCUGUUGGCUCAAGGCAAAGACCGUGUGGAUCAACAACAUUGUAUGUUUUAAGUCUGCAGCUCAGUUACAAAUUUACAAGAUGCGUUUCUGUAUUUUAUCCGAUAUGGAGUUAAAAAUGGAGCAGUGGGAAGUCUAUGUUAGUAAAUAGGGUGUUUAGGACCGUCUCUGUGUUGGCUCUAGGAAGUAGGCACUCUUUCUUUUUUUCCUUUUACGUAAAAACGUGUGUUUGGGCUAUCUGGACACACAGUUGUGGUUGUGUGUGUGUGUGAGGCCUGUUUUUCCUGUUAGCCACUCCUAAGCUCUCUCCCGUGUGCAGGUCACGAGGCUGUACUCCUGUUUUCCACCUUGCUUUCUAGACACCAUCUCCUGUUCAACGGGGAUACAAAUUUGAAGAUGUGUGUAACAAAUGCGAAUAUAUUGCGCCCCCAAACCCUCCAAUGAGGUUAUUUAUAGGCUUUUGUUUAAAAAAAAAAAAAAAAAAAAAAAACUCCCUUGUGGGUUGCGCCACUCAGCUUUGCGCGCCGCUGAAAGACUGGAAGAUUCCACACAGAGGAUUGGCCUUUCUCCUGCUGGACAGCUGUCUCUGCACUGCGAAAAAAAACCUAUUUUUUUAACAAACCUUCUUUGUUAAUUAAUUUACAAAAAAAAAAAAAAAAAGAGGUUUACACGUGUGGAUAUUUCUUAAACCUACAGGACAAUUUGAUAUCCUUUUUUAUAGAUUACCUUAGUUUGUAUGUAAGUCUUAUAGUUUCACCUCAAAAAGCACUUGUUUUUAUUUUUUACUAUUAUACAGGCUCCUGUCAUGGAUUGUGUAACAAAUUGUAGCACUUUGGGCAUAAGGAUAAGUAUGACUAUUUGGAGACAGAAUAGCCAGGCAAACUGCUACAUGCCAUUUUAUCUCUGUCUCUCUUGUACAGCCUGAAGGACUGUUCAGUGGAUCAAACCAGGUUUCCUCGUCGCUUUGUUUAAUGAUUAUAUAUGGGUACACUGGCUUAAUCAAGGACCCUUCAUGCAGAUUGGUGGUACUGUACUAAUGUCUUUCUUUCUCUCUAACUCUUAUUUGCAUGUCUAAUAUUUAAGGUUAAUAUUUCAGUGUAAUUUAGUCUCUAUUUCUUUACCAUUUAUAUAAUGUCUGUUUUUUAUGAGAUGUUUGAAUAAAUAGACUUUCCUAAAUUCACUCCAUGGUUUGUUGUUGUGGAAACUGAAAGAGGUAGAGUUUUUCUUUUUUGAUGGACUUUUUUAAUGCACUUUUUGUCAAAAUAUUUCCAACAUUAUUCAAAGCCUUUCCUGACCUUGAAAAUACACCUCAUCGUGCAGCUGAAACCCCCUUUCUGUUACUGUAGAAAAAGAUGUGUGUAUUUAGGUAAAAUACUCAAAAGAUAAUGUGUUUUCUUAAAGGAAAAAGGCUAAAGGCUAGUGUUUGCUUAAGUUCUUAAAGGGACAGUUUUUUUUUACCACUCCUACUGCAUAUUUCCCCUCCAGUGACUACUAAAAUGUAGCUUUCAAAUCUCACUACGAAGCCUACAGUACAUUGGCUCGAGUUCAGCUGCCUGGCACUGUGAAAAUGCUCACACUAAAUCUAAUGAGUUAUCUGAAAUACAAUGCUUUUGUGUAUUGUGCACAGCUCAAUCCUGAUAUUCUCUCUCUAGACAACAAAUAAAACCUUUACCUUCAUCAGAUUUCUGUUGAGCAAUCGUUAACAGGAAACAAAUGACCAAUUCUAAAAUAUCCCUAUGUAACAGAGGAGGGUGCAAAUUAUGAGUCAUCUAUUGUAAUUCCAGUAGUUAUUCAAGGUUAAACAAAUUAAAUGUGUUAGACUUUUUGUGCAUGUCAAGUUUCCUUUAAAGCUAUAUACCGUCGCACCCUGAUUGAAUCACUGAAAUGCCCUGAAGCAGCACGUCUGCCUCACACACCUCACCUUCCUAUUUAAAAAAAAAAGCACUCAAGAUGUUUUUUUUACCUUAAGUAUGACAUAGAAUGCUAUUCCAAAACCAGUCCUUUUAUUUUCACUCAUUAAAGAUAUUUCUUGCUCAAGUAUAAUUCCCUAAAUUUCACCCAGAUAUGUGAGAGAAUUGAGUUGGUCUUUUACGCCCGAUCUGUGAUGUCAUUGAUGUGUUCAGCCAAACAGACUGCACAGAGAGGUAUGACUGGCAUCAUGCUCGUGGAUUAACCUGGGGAUGGGAAAUGAUCUCAUUAAAGGGACAUUACACAUAGACAAAAUGUGUCUUUUAUUUGCAUACAUAGAUGGAGCAUGUGGUAGCAAGGGGGAAAGUUAAAAAUUGAUUCAAAUGGAAUAUUCAGGUUUUUGGUCCAGUAAAAUUAAUAUUUUUGAUCAGUUGUUUAGAGCAUGGCAUCCUGUAUUUGUUGCAGUGGCCUUUUAAUAAAACAACAUCAAACGUAUACUCCAUAUUAAUUCACAAAUGCUGUCAAUUAACUGGAUGGGCAUCUGUAAAUAAAAUGCUCGAGUCAUCUUUAAUGUAUUUGGUCAAAGGAAAUGAAGCUCUGGCCUUUGACCUCCAUACAAGUCUGUGAAAGUAAGUGUCAGAAAGUUGUUAUGGAGGUAAAAUGUUAGACGCACACGUACCCAUUCAUAUCCAUCAGAGCAUCUCUGGGAAACACAUGCCUGGUUUCAAAGAUAAAAAUCAAAAUUUUUUACUGUGCAUGUCAACAGGAGCUGAACUUUCUGGGUGGAGGCAGGGCUUAACAUGCAAUACAGGAAGUGGCAGCAGACAGACUCAACCACUCCACUCGUGCGGUUUUAUUCUCCACCAAGGGUGCUUUCAGUGAGCAGACUGCUAAAAGAUGAGAAGAAGGAAGACGUGGUGGGGGUACAAUUGGAAACAGCAUCAAUGUGACAGGAACAGGAAGUGGUGAACUGAGCUAGAUACCUGGUAACAACAUGAGGCUGGUCGGUUCCUCGCUUCUUCUCACUGACUGUAUAUCAUCUCAGCUGUUCCACAUGUAGACUCCCUUGGCUUUAUCAUGUAUUCAACGUAUAUCUGAAAGGAGCAUUUUCAGACCCAUCCGGCCUGGCACUUGUUUGAUUUUUUUGGAGUUUAAAAAAAUGACACAAAACCGUGCUGUGAAUAGUAAUGGUACCACAAAAAAAGGAGAGCUUAAGAUUGUGAUAGUGGGAGAUGGAGGCUGUGGGAAAACCUCACUUCUGAUGGUUUAUGCUAAAGGGGAUUUUCCAGAGAAAUAUGCGCCGUCAGUGUUUGAAAAAUAUGUCACCACUAUCACCCUAGGAGGGAAAGAGAUAAAGCUCAACCUGUAUGACACAGCCGGCCAGGAGGACUACGACAGACUGCGGCCACUUUCAUACCAAGAAGCUAAUCUGGUUUUAGUGUGCUUUGAUGUGACCAACCCGACCAGCUUUGAGAAUGUCAUGAUAAAGUGGCACCCUGAGGUGAAGCACUUUUGCAGAGACACUCCAGUCAUCCUGAUUGGCUGCAAGACCGACCUCAGGAAGGACAAAGAAUGCACGAGGAAACUCAAGGCCAUGGAUCUGGCUCCCAUCACUUACACCCAGGGUGAGGAGACCAGGCAGCAGAUGAACGCAGAGCUCUACCUCGAGUGUUCGGCGAAGCAUCAGGAGAAUGUCGACGACAUUUUCAGGGAAGCCACUAAAAGAACUCUGGCCUUCAAUCGAAAACAUAAAAAAAACACAAAGAGGUGUCUCAUUUUGUGAUGCCCAAAAAAAAAAAAGGACUGAGGACCGGGAGGAGAAACAGACUGUUACAAGGAAAUAGUGACUGAUAUGACAGGAAAGCCAAAUCUCUGGAAAAGCUGCAACAGUUUGGACUAUCACUUGAUUAUGAUGCAACAUGAAAUGCCUAGUAUUUUUUACAUUUUUACAAGAAUCUUUUGAAGUGUCUUCGUAUGGAAGUUUUGUUCUGUUACCUGUUUUGGGUAUUUUAAAUUAACCUGGCAUUUCCUGUAUGAUUGAAGAAGAUUUUAAGAGCUUUUUGUAAUGAUAUUUUGAAUGUCCUACCUGGUUAAAGACGCUGCUGUUACAUAACAAACUCCCUGAAAAAAAGUUGGCGUAUAUAAUGGUACUGUAGCUUUAAAAAAAAAACAAGAACACAUAAGCCAUCGAUGAACAACACAGCACGGUUACUUCAUUUCCAGUUUAACACUGAACAACAAUUAGUCCUGGAGCAGUCUAUCUGUAACAACAGUGCCCACUAGUGUUGGGAAAAAAUAAAUGUCACAUUACACAUUUGGGCAACAUUUUCACAAGAGAAAAUGAAAAGGUACAAAACUUUCUUUCAUUAUCGAAAAAGAGAUUUAAAAUGGUUAUUUUUCAUUUUGUGUUUAAUUAUCUAUUCUUUCACAGUAACGUACACAGAUGAAGAAUCUGUCAACUGUCUCAGGGUGCUGAUCAGACUCAGGAACCAGUUUACAUUGUUGGAUUGAUCCAUGGAAAACAUGUUAAACAUCAAGCUACAUCAUUAAAAGGAGAGAAACAAA